AUGGGAACACAUCAGAAAACUUUGAUACUUCGUCAGUCCCCAGGAAACAACCUUCGAGUUCCCACAAGAGAUACCAGACUAUCAACAACAGAACACAUCGGACAACUUUGGUACUUUGUCAGCCCUCAGGAAACAACCUUCGAGUUCCCACAAGAGGUACCAGACUAUCAACAACAGAUAUGGGUGCCAUUUUUUCUUUUGCUGGUUCUGGAACAAAUAAUAUUGCGAAAAAAAAAGUUUCGUUUGAAUGAUCAAAUUACAUCGCUAUCUCACUGGAUGCUUUACGAAACUAUUCGAAUCUUUUCCCGUGGUGCCGAGUAUUAUGCAUACAUCGCCAUUUAUGAGAGAUUUGGCAAAGAAUGGAAUCUGCUAGCUUGGGACUCAUUACGGACAUGGUAUAUUUCCUUCAUUGCCGUGGACUUUUGUUACUAUUGGGCUCAUCGCAGUAAUCAUGAAGUCCACUUUUUGUGGGCCUGUCAUCAGGUGCAUCACAGCAGUGAGGAGUUCAAUCUCGCGGUUGGUCUGCGACAAUCCAUCCUACAACACUGGUGUAACUUCGUGCUCUAUUUGCCUCUCGCCUUCUUUAUAUCUCCGUCGCACUUUAUGGUCCACAACCAAUUCAACUUGAUAUAUCAAUUGUGGAUUCAUACAACACUCAUUGGUGACCUCGGAUCGCUCGAGUUGAUUAUUAAUACGCCUAAGCAUCAUCGCGUUCAUCACGGCUGCAAUCUUUAUUGCUUGGAUAAGAAUUAUGGUGGCGUGCUUAUAAUAUGGGAUCGAUUAUUUGGUACGUUCCAAGAGGAAAAACAUAAAGAAGAGAUAAUUUAUGGCUUGGUGGUUAAUGUUGAAUCAUUUAACUCAUUUUAUCUGCAGGUGUUCUAUUUAGCGAAUUUAAUUAAAAAAAGUAUAAGUAUGGUUUCCUGGGUUGAUAAACUGGCCGUCUUUUGGAAGGGUCCUAGCUGGUUUCCAGGAUUACCACGUUUAGGUUUAGACGAGUUUAAAAUAAAAGUGGAACCCAGAGCCGUGUACGAUCCUCAGAUAUCAUUAUGGCAGAAAUUAUAUAUAACAGUGCAAUUUUUAAUAAUCUUUUUAAAUCAUUUUCAACUAUAUAAUGAGAAUUUAGAUGAUGUUUGGAUAAAAUAUACAUUGAUAAACAACAUAAUCGCUCUCAUCAGCAUCGGUUUGUUAUUUGACAAGCAUGCGUUUAUAUAUCCCAGUAUUAUUGAACUUGUACGCUGCGUGACUUAUGUGUACUGCACGCACGAGAUGAAUUCAAAUAAUUUAAUCAACUAUUUGACGUAUUACGCAUACGCAUUUCAUCUGAUUUUUGUUUGGAUACCUUAUUUUAUAUAUAAAAUC